AUGGAUAAUAAAAAUCCUAAUAAACGUAACGCUACUCUUGAUAAUUUCUUUAUAUCUAGUAAAAAACCUCGAGAUGAAAAUAAUAGUCCUAACGGCACUUCAAUUUCUCCAUGUUCAUCAAGCUCUUCACCAUCUUCUUCUUCAACCACAACGAACGUUUUAGUUCCCUCAUCUCUAUCCAACGAAUGUUUAACAGUUGUUGGCACGUCUAGCGUCACAAAUUCAUCUUUAAAUACUGAAAUCUCAUCAUCAAAAUCUUCAUCAAAAGGUUGUCCAGCUGAUAUUAGCCAGAGAAGCCAAGAUUUACCUGUACAACCUCGUUUAACAGUUCAUCCAACAGAUAAUGAAAAUAGAUCAUUUCAAGUAAGAUGGUAUAUCAAGCGAGAUUGGUUGGAGUAUUCGGUAGAACGAGAUGCAGUAUUUUGUUAUUAUUGUCGUCAUUUUUCUCAAUUCGGCACGCCAACACGAAUUCAACGAGAUGCUUUCACGACUUAUGGUUUUAACAAUUGGAAGCGUGCUCUGGCAACUGAUAGAGGUUUUCACAAGCACGUAAAGAGUCAAACACACAUAACAUCAUUAGCAAACUUUUCUGAAUAUAAAUCACGUGAAAAAUCUAAUGCAUCUGUAAUAAAUGUUCUUGAGAAACCAAGAGCUGAGCAAAUUCUUCAUAAUCGUAGUAAAUUGAUUAAGAUCAGUUCAGCAAUUUUAUUAUGUGUUAAACAAUUAAUAGCUCUUCGUGGACAUGAUGAAAGUACUGAUUCAAACAAUCGUGGUAAUUUGAUCGAAAUAUUGAAGUGGUCUGCUAAAACUGAUCCAUUAGCUAAGGCUGUGUUGGAAGAAAGUGCAGGCAACGCAACAUAUCUAUCACAUCAAAUUCAAAAUGAAUUGUUAAGUAUUAUGGCGAAUCAAAUACGCGAUAAUAUUGCUAAAAAAUUAAAUGGAAAUGUAUACGUGUUACUAGCUGAUGAAGCAACAGAUGUCAGUCCCAAUAAACAAUUAUCUAUUUGUCUUCGUGCAGUUGAUGAUCAAAAUCAGAUUAAAGAAUACUUGAUGGGAUUUGUUCGUCUUUGUCGAUUUAAUGCUGCUACUCAAGCAAAAGAAAUAAGUGAUUUCUUGAUCAAACACAAUAUUCAUUUCUCAAUGUGUAUAGCUCAACGCUAUGAUGGAUACGACUUCAACAUUAAAAAAUGGGCAAAUACACGAUGGGAUUCAAGAUUUAAAUCGAUAGAUUCAAUUAAAAGUAAUUAUUCAGCAGUUCUUGAAGCAUUACGAGAUUUGAUACAUGAUGGAGGUAAUCGUGCAGUGGAUGCAAGAGGAGUAUGCACUGAUCUUGGUAGUACACACAAUCUCAUCAUAAUAAUCUGUGAACAACUAAAUCUUAUGAGAAAUGAAAGUUCAUUUAAAGAAUUGUUUCAACAGGCUAUAAUUUUUGGGAAUGAAAAUGGUAUUGAUAUAAAUGGACUAGUUCGAACGAGGCGUCAGAAAUCAAUUCCAUCACGUUUUAAAGACUGUAUUAUUACAACAUCAGCGGGACAUCGAGAUUAUAAUAAUAGUGAAGAGAACUUUCGAGUGACUAUGUACCUUCCAACAAUUGAUUCUAUACUGGUCGAAUUAAAUGAACGGUUCUCUUGGCAUAACUUACAAAUAGCAAAGAGCAUCACAUCUUUAUCACCAAACAAUGGAAAUUUUUUGGAUAUUGAAACAUUACAACCAUUAAUUGAUCAUUUAUCAUUGGAAAAAAAAACAUUAUAA